UCCGACCUUAUCCAAAAAAACAUGGCGCCUUCCAUGCUGUGAGCGUGCUUUCAGUACUUUCAGUGCUUGAUCCUCGCCGAGAGGGGUCAAGUAAUUCGUUCUGCGCUUUCAAUCUCUAGUUCCACGUUUCGUGACUUCACACGGCCGUGGCUUCUAGACAAAACAGCCGCUGUUCGCCAUGCCUCGCAUAAAGUACAUCGGCUACCCGUCCCCGUACGUCGGCAAGCACUUGCUCUGGCUACUGGGCAACCUCAAGAACUUCGGCGUCGGUCGCAUCGUCACUCGGACCUCGUUCGAGCGGUACCCCGAGCCUUCGUACUACGUCAUCACCAAGGUCGUGCCGUACAUGGACGACGCCAACCAGUACGGCGAAGUCUGGGCCCAAACGGUGUUCCGGGGCAGGAGACUAGGUGUGACCCAGCUGGAGUCGCCUCAGGUGCCAGACUACAAGCUGGUGCCCAGGAGCGAGGAGGCGCGACUUCUCUCGCUCCCGGUCGUGGACCCCGUACCCAAAGUCCUGCCCCGCUAUCUCAAGAUGGCGCCGUUGAUGCGCAUAAUCGUCGAACGAGACCUGAAGGCCAAGGGCGUUGACAACGUGGAGCCGAAGAUGAGGGCCGUCUACGCGAGCUCCUACGGGGGGAGCUACCGCAUCGCCGAGGAAGGGGAGACGCCAGACGUCGAGCACACCGACGCCAAGAACUACAUCACUGAAAAGUUUCGUCAAGGCGUCAAGGAAAUUUAGGACUUCCCUUUUCGCCACUUCGUUGCACCCGUGUACAUAAAUGCGUAGAUGUAUAUUGAAUACAAAGUCUGUAGAAAA